AAUAACCUCACCUUCCAUAGCCCUCUCUCUCUCUCCCUCUCUCUUCCCCCUCCCCUCCCUUCCCUUCCCUUCCCUUCCCACUGAGAUCACUGCGCGAGCCACCCCCAGCCAUGGCUCCACCGCCGCCGGCGACGAUGCACUAGGGACGCUUCUCGAUUCAGUCGCGCCCGAUCCGGGUUUGGAUUAGUCCGGAGGGGGAAGAAACAUCGUAGAUUGAACUCUGUUGAAGAGAGUCUGGUGGAGAUGGCUUCGGAAAUGGUGAAGGCGGCGACGAGCGAGAAGCUCAAGGAGAUGGACUGGGCCAAGAACAUCGAAAUCUGCGAGCUCGUCGCUCAGGAUCCGGGGAAAGCGAAGGAUGUGAUCAAAUCUAUAAAGAAGUGUGUAGGAAGCAGGAGCAAGAAUGCUCAACUUUAUGCUGUCAUGCUGUUAGAGAUGCUCAUGAAUAACUGUGGAGAGCCUAUCCACAAGCAGGUCAUUGAUAAUGGGCUUCUUCCAAUACUUGUCAAAAUAGUGAAGAAAAAGACGGAAUUGCCAGUUCGGGAAAAGAUAUUUCUUUUGUUAGAUGCGACCCAAACAUCCCUUGGUGGAGCUAAAGGAAAGUUCCCCCAGUACUAUGAGGCGUAUUAUGAAUUAGUGUCUGCUGGUGUGAAGUUCUCGAAUUGUCCAAAUGUUGUCAUUACACAAGUACACAAUCCUGUGCCAGAAGCAAUAAUCGAACCGAAUAAGGACAAUCUAUCUAGCAGAUCGAAUGGUGUUCAACAGGAAGCUAACGUGCAGCCUGUUUCUGACACGAGUAUAAUUCGAAAAGCAUCUAGUGUCAUGGAAGUUCUAAGGGAUGUACUAAAUUCCAUGGAUCCUAGACAUCCUGAGGGAGCAACAGAUGAGUUUGUGUUGGAUCUUGUAGAGCAAUGUACUUUUCAAAAGCAACGAAUAAUGCAUCUGGUUAUGACAUCAAGGGAUGAAGUAGUGGUAUCGCAAUGUAUAGAAUUGAAUGAAGAGCUGCAGAAGGUUCUUGUACGGCACGAUACACUGCUUUCAGUUCACCCAACUACGACGACAGUACCAUCUAAUCUCAAGGAGGACGAGGAGGAAGAAGAUGCUGAAAGUCUAUACCGGAGACUGCGGAAGGGGAAGGCUUUAUUGCAAGACCACAUAGACGAGUCCAUGCCAUCGUUUCGAUCUAUACCCGUGGAGAAGAUGCGCCGCCCGCUCACCAUCCAGCCGCCUCUCCCUGACAGGAAACCCACUGCACUGAACAUCCGCUCACCAGACCACCCGGAGGCGAGGCCUGACCCUGCUGUCUUGAUUCCGCCGCCACCCGCCAAGCACGCCGAGAGGGAGAGGUUCUUCCGCGAGAAGAGCAUGGACGGCGGCAACCUCCCUGGCCACCUCAGGGGCCUUUCAUCGCAGAGCAGCCGGGAUGGCAGCAGCUCGUGCAGCGGCAGCACGGAUUACGGUGACUGAGGGGGCGGGCAGUGAUUGGUAUAUACAGUUCUUUUUUUUUUGCUCUUUAUUAGUAUGGAUGCUCCUCUGGAUGCUUGCCUGGCCGGCGAUACAUUGAUCUGUUCAGAGAGGGGGAGGCCGCCUUGGCCUCAGCCUUCCUAGUUCCUACUGACACCCCUGUACACAGACUUGGUUGGCUUGAUGAUUCUUUUCCAGUUUCUUGCUUGUCCUCAGCUGACUGACAUUGUUGUAGACAAUUCGUCGGUGUUGUGCUGUCAGUUAGUCACUUAUCAGUAUUAUAGUUAAUCUGUUUUAGGCGAGAGAUAAUUUCAUGGGUAACAAGUGGAGUUAGGGAGUGAUCCACCAUUC